AUGGCUACAACGCCCAGAUACAGAAUCGAAAGUAUUCUCACCAAUGUUCGGAGCGAUAAUCAUGAUGCACGCUUCUCCGUCCGCCGGAAUGGAAGGGUAUUCUACAUCACGAUCUCACCGACCAAUUUUACCAACUCCCCCAGCAUGACCGAGAAGUACAUGGCAUAUCUUGAAGUCCUCAAGUCACGCGAAGAGGUCGUCGGGGAUAUCUACGAUACUGAUGUCUAUGAAUGGGUCAUGGCCCCGUUUGAGCCUCUCCUGGUUGAAUUUGCGCCUGCUCCAGAAUGUAACCCGAAAGACAUCAGAGUCACCCUGGAACAGCAUUUAUUUCCCGAGUUCUUUGUCUUUCAAAUAGACAUCAUUGACGAAAAACUAUGUCCUCGACGUGUUGAAACAGAGACGUCCCCUUCACGUCCAUCUUUUGUACGCUUUGACGAUGACUUUUGCGAUGACUUGGAGACUUGGACUGCCUUCUACGAUCCUGCUGGAAUAAGUCUUAGCUUCGAAAAUCCCGAGGAUGCGCUUUUCGUACUGCCAAAUAAGGUUUUCAUGGACAAUUGCGAGACUGAACUUUUCUUUAAGCCGUGCAAGUCCGGCAUUCAGACUAAACGCGAACUUGAGACGUAUAAAAUGAUCCAUGCAGCUGGUUUGGACUCACAGUUUAAUCUGUGUCACGUUUACGGCGUUGUCUUCGAUGAAUAUGAAUUCAUCCUUGGGGUUUUGUUAACUCAUAUUGAUACACGAGGCUGUCCUUUGUCAACUAAAAUCGCUCCUGGGGAGCCUGAUAAUCCUCCACUUGACGUGAGACAACGAUGGAUUGACCAGAUUGAGGCUGCAUUUUCGGGCUUGCAUGGCGCUGGUAUAAUCUGGGGUGAUGUAAAGGCAGAAAAUGUCUUGAUAGAUCAGGAUAAUGAUGCGUGGGUUACUGAUUUUGGAGGCGGCUAUACCAGGGGCUGGGUUGAUAAAGAGGUGGCGGAGACUAUGGAAGGGGAUCAGAUGGGUAUGGCGAGGCUAAGAGAGUUCAUCUUUCCAGCUACAUCAAAAGCGGAACAGUAA